CUAAAAUGGAUAGGAAUGAAAAUCAUACUGUGGAAAAUCCUCGACAGAAUGCUAAUUUCUUCUCGAUUUUAACCUUUUCUUGGGCCUGGAAAACUUUCCUCUUAGGCUAUUACAGGGAUUUUACAGAAAAAGACCUCAUUGUUCCUCUCAGAAACCACUCUAGCCGCUUAUUGGGCAACAAGCUUGAAAACUCCUGGCAUAAAGAAACCCAGAAGAGCAAGAAAAACGAUAACUUCCGACCCUCUUUGUUAAGAGCACUUAUAAAAUGUUUUGGAACGGAAGUGGUGGUAGUUGGGUUUUUCCAAGGAAUUAAUGAAUUGGUGAUAAAUAUGUUCCGGCCUUUCAUUCUAGGAAAAGUUUUGAGCUAUUUUGACCACACAAGUAUGAUGUCAACUAGCGCUGGAAUAUGUUGGGCAACUGCACACUUCGUCAGCUCUAUUAUUCACACUGUCAUUGAUAAUCAUUCUUUAUACUGCUUGAGACUAGUUGAAAUAAAAAUUCAAACUGCUUGCUCCUCUUUGAUAUACAGAAAAGUUUUGAGAAUGUCAAGAAGAUUUCUUGAAAAUAAAACCACUAUUGGUCAGAUUAAUAAUCUUAUGAAUAUUGACAUAAAAAGUGUGAACUGCAGCGUUUUUCAAAUACAUUACGCAUGGAUAGUACCUAUUCAAUUACUUAUAGUUGCGUAUAUGGUGUGCCAAAAUGUAACUCUAUUAGCAAGUGGAGGAAUCCUAAUAUUUUUACUUGUUGCAUUUCUUCAAGAUUUGUAACAGUUUCAUUAAUAUUACAUUCCUAUAAUAGUGGUAUGUAA